AGUUCGGGAGUCGCCCGCUCUCUAGAAGAUGGCUCUACGGGGCCAAACCGGUAGCCCGUCCCAUUGUAGCUGCACCCUAUUAUAUACACGCACACUACUACUCUCCCACGCCAGUGGCACAGGUCGCACCGGGGCCUCUCGCAUCUGCGCUUCAUGCCCAGAUUUCAACACGCCCCCUCGACCUAGCCACUGCUGCGUCAAUCCCAUUAUGGGCCACACGCCUGUACUGCACUCCCUGUCCUCAGGGAUGCUGGUCUCCAUUCCAUGUGCUUCCCUGCCCGCCUCAGUCCAUACGCCAGUCCCGGUGCCCCCUGAUCUUGGGUCCCGGUCUCCGUACCAUAUGCAUCCCGUAUGUGCCCAUUUUUGGUGACUUCCUAUAGCGCCCCCAUGCGCUCGUCGCUCGCUCGGUCUGCAUGCCAGUCCUGACACCCCUUGGAUUCAGGUCUCGGUCUCCAUUCCAUGCGCGCUCUGUGCAAGCACCUCGCUCGGCUUUUCUUCAGUGCUCCACGUGCUGUGGCUGUGCUGCUUCAUCAGACUGCCAGCCUGUCUCACUCGGCAUCCACUCAGCCCGCCCUUUGACGCCCUGCUCUGCCCUCGCCUCACUGGUAGGCCCACCUCAUGCAGUGCCCAACCCCUGCACCUGGUGUCUUGUAUCACCACAGUGGCACCUCGCGGUCAACCCUCUGGCCCUCACCCUCCUGCCCUCGACCUCCUGAUCCC